AUGAUGCAACAUAGUCCAGAACUUCAACCCGCUCCCCAAGCGGCAACGCACGAUGCAUCCCCGGUGAACACGGAGAGAACUGGCACGUCCCAAGCAACAAAUGCCAUGACAGCAGCAGAAACGGCAAGUGAUCCUCGAGUGGAAGCAGCACAGGCCGUUCGACUGAGUGUACCCGAAAUGGACCUGCACAAUUUGCCUGCGUACUUUUGUGCACUGGAGCAUUGGUUCGCCGCGACCGGAAUCACCGCCAAAAUGGACCAUAAGCGCUACCACGUAUUGAUGGCCCAAAUUCCUCUUCGAGUGUAUAACGAGAUCCAGCCGAUAAUCGAGAAUGUACCUGCAACGGAACGGUACAAUUACAUCAAGCGGAACAUCCUCCAGCAUUUCGGGGAAUCCCAGCGUAGCCGCCUCCAUCGUCUCCUAUACGGCAUGGACUUAGGGGACCGUAAGCCAUCCCAGCUGCUAGCUGAAAUGCACCGAGCCUCCAGCGAUACGUUGGCCAGUACGCUCCUCACCGACCUUUGGAUCAACAAGCUUCCGCCACAUGUGCAAUCGGCCGUCGUUGCUGCACCCGGAAGUGUAACUGAGAAAGCUGCCGUCGCCGAUACUAUGGUGGAGUGCCUGUCCGCAUCCAACAACACCAGUGUGCACCAUGCCGUAGCCGGGGUGCGCACCACACCCAACGAUUUCGAGCAACGCAUUUCGCGCCAGGUGGACGAACUCACACAGCAACUUAACGACUUCAUCACAGAGUGUCGUAACCGUGACCAACGCCAAAGUCGACCGCGCUCACGUCCACCAGUGGCAUCUCGUGUCGGUACAGAACCAUCUGAAGGAGAGUGCUACUACCAUCGACGUUACGGGACAGCCGCCCGGACCUGCCGCCAGCCCUGUUCGUUUCCAGCCCCUGUUCAGCCUGAGGAUACGCUGGAGAUAUCGGAUCGCAGGUGGCUACCAUCUCACCUGUGA